AUGUGUGUGACCGUUUCCAAUCUCCCGAUUCCUUUUGAGGGCCCACGAACCAUCCUGAAUCAUGCAAGCUCCACCAGGCGCGACCAGUCCUUCUGGUCUUUUCGAGCAGUGGAUCUGGUCCUCAAGGAAGUGGAGAAUUCCUUCAUCGUGCUGACGCCUCUGAUUGAUGACCCGAAUGGCCCCUCUCUCUCCCAGUUGACGUUGACUUACAAAUCCAAGCCUUCGGAGAUAAAAUGGAACGUGCUGUACCAGCCAAGUGAGCUGUCCAAGGUGGCCAUUUGUUGGAGAUAA